GUUGCCCGUCAGCCUCCGGGCGGCCACGCGCCGCGCUGUCCGCUCAUCCCGGACGCGGACCGGCCGGAUGGCGAGCGCCAGGGUUCCUGGCUCAGGCGCAGGAUGGCGGGGAGCCUGCGCUCUGACCGGGGCCCUGCUCUGGGGGCACCUACAGCUGCUGUGCGCUCAGUCACCCACGAACACUACGAGCGUGUGCGGGCAGCCUGGAGUCACUGGGAAGAUCUACCAUGGCGAGGACGCCCCUGACGAGCGGUGGCCGUGGCAGGCCAGCCUGCUCUUCCGUGGCCAGCACAUCUGUGGGGCCUCCCUCUUUGAUGCCCAAUGGGUGAUCUCUGCUGCCCACUGCUUCCAAAGGUCCCAUCAAGCAGAGGACUAUCGGGUCCUGCUAGGAUACCACAAGCUAGAAAAGCCCACCGAGCACAGCAUGAUGAUGACAGUGUAUCGACUCUUCGUCCACAAUGACUUUAACAAGAAGUACUUCAUGUCGAGGGACAUCACCCUGUUGCAACUGCAUCGGCCUGCAAAGUUUACUUCCCACGUCCUCCCUGUCUGCCUCCCAGGGGCUAACAUGACGGUGCCUGCCCAUUCCUCCUGCUGGGCUACUGGCUGGGGGAUGAUCACCGAGGACACUGUACUGCAUUCGCCCCGCCAACUGCAACAGGCAGAAUUGGGUAUCAUGAACAACGACGCCUGUAAUAUGCUUUUGGCGGAUCCAAACUCCGGUCAACGGCCUGUACAGGAGGAUAUGAUAUGCGCUGGGGACUUGAUGAAAGGAAAGUCCGUCUGCCGAGGAGAUUCUGGGGGCCCCCUGGUCUGCUUCCUCAACAACACCUGGUUUCUGAUGGGGCUGUCCAGCUUCAGCGCACCGUGCAAUGAUCCUGUGGGCCCCAGCGUCUUCUCCAAAGUCAGCUAUUUCGCCAACUGGAUCAGAGAGAAGCAGAGCUCCUCGCCCAGUCCCGACCCUAGUAUUGCUCCUCCUGAGGAACCACCUCCUGCUUUGGGUAACUCUGUUUCUCUGGGCACUGCCCACAAGCACAGGACCUGCGUCAUCCUUGUGUCUUCACAGACCUUCCUCCUAUGGUGGCUGUGCCUCAGGAUUCUGUGACAGACUCCAUGGUGCCUUCCCGGCCCUCCCCCAACAAACCUCUGUGCAUUAGCGCCAGUGGGUUCUGCGCUCUCCCUAAAUGUGUCCAUCUCUGCACCCUCCUGUCCAUCUGAGCCCUGCUCCAGGCCUGAAAAAAUAAAAAUAAUCAAAGAA